AUGCCUGAUUUUGUCUCAACUCGUCGAGUGCCAUGCACAAUCAUCAGUGGCUUUCUUGGGGCGGGGAAAUCAACCCUGCUGAGGCGUAUUUUAACGGAGCGUCACGGGUAUCGAAUAGCCGUGAUUAUGAAUGAAUUUGGCGAUACUUCAAGCAUCGAAGCUAAAGCUAUUGGUAUCUCUUCGGAAGAUGACCCAACAGCAGAGAAGUCACAGGAGUUCCUUGAGUUGGCAAAUGGAUGUCUAUGCUGUUCUAUCAAAGACGCUGGCGUAGCUGCCAUUGAAAAACUUAUGCAAAGGAAAGGUGCCUUUGACCAUAUCUUACUAGAAACUACUGGCCUUGCUGAUCCUGGUCCUAUCGCGUCCAUGUUCUGGCUUAAUGAGGAGUAUGCCGCUGGUUUAGGUCGACAGAUUUCCCUGGAUGGCGUAGUCUGUGUCGUCGACGCUGUCUUUGGCCAACAGCAAAUGGAAGAAGAUCAUUCUGUCGACGGCAUUGGCGAAAGCCUCAGACAGAUAGCAUGCUCCGAUGUUAUUUUGCUGAACAAAGUCGAUCUAGCAUCAGAAGGACAAUUGCGCUCGACUGAAGAACUCAUACAAAGGGUCAAUCCCUCUGCUCCAAUUCACCGAACUGUUCGCGGUCAGAUUGAUCUAGCCCAUAUCAUGAACAUCAAUGCAUACGCAGGGGGGACAAAGGGGUUGCGAUCUGCGCAGCACCAGCAUGGCGAUGAUGACAAUCAUGACCACGCCGUCUCCGCUAAGCACUAUGAAUUGCGUGGCAUAUCUAGUCUGCAGAUCACUCUUCCUACGUUAACCCGUCACCGUCUUCAAGAACUGGACGAGUGGAUACGUACGGUGCUGUGGGAGAACCGAAUCCCAGACAGUGACCGUCAGACUGGACUAUCGGAACUCAAGGUCCUUCGUUGUAAGGGUCUUUUCGUGAUACAAUCUGGGGAGCAGUACGUUCUGCAGGGCGUGCAGAGUAUGUAUGACCUAUCCUUAGUAGAAGGAGAUGUUACAGGUAUUCCUGAUUCAGGGAAGUUGGUGUUGAUAGGGAAGGGUUUAAACGACUCGGUGAGGCAAAGCCUCAAGAGAUUGUUAGUGUAG